AACAGAAGUCCGGGAGUCAGUCUCAGUCAGAUAAGCCUGAACAGCUUUGAACACGCUAGACUUAUAAGACUUGAAACACCUUCAAGUUGCAUCCUAAACUAAGGUAUCUCAAGUCUCAUAAGUCGACUUACGAUGCCAUCUCGAAUCAAUCUUAUAUUCGGAGCAGGUUCCUUUGGGCUUCCAGGCCCUCAAUCAAAUGGAGCACGUAUUCAUUCAGUUGAACAGGCCCGAGAAACCAUCGGUGUUUAUGUCCAUCAUGGAUAUACCACCAUCGAUACCGCUCGUCUGUAUGGUGGUGGAACUUCUGAGGAGUUCAUAGGUCAAGUCGAUCUCGCGGAAGGAUGCCACAUAGAUACCAAGGCCCUGCCUGGCGAUCUGUCGCCCAAGAAUCUCAGAGCCUCUUUGAUGGAAUCUUUAAAGUCCCUGCGCUGUAAAAAAGUGCACAUCUUCUAUUUGCACGCACCUGAUCGAAGCGUGCCCGUUGAGGAUACCUUACAGACUAUCAAUGACCUUUAUAACGAGGGACAUUUCGAACAAUUUGGCCUGAGCAACUAUAACUCCUGGGAGGUCGCUGAAAUUAUGGGCAUCGCGAAACAGAAUAACUGGGUCAGGCCUACAGUGUAUCAAGGCGGAUAUAACGCAAUAGAGCGAAAUGUAGAAGUGGAGCUCAUUCCUUGUUUGCGUCAUUUUGGGAUCAAGUUUUACGCGUACGGGCCAUUGGCAGGCGGCCUUCUAGUAGGAAAGAUUCUCGAUGAAGAUAGCCUGAAAAAUACCAAAGGAGGUCGCUGGGAUCCUUCCGUAUCCCACAUGGCACCUAUAUUACACGAACAAUGCAAACCACUGCUGUCAAUUCUGCGCGAAUUGAAGGAACUAUUGGAUGUGCAUAACGCCCGCAUGGCUGAAGUAGCUCAACGAUGGCUACAACAUCACAGUGCGCUCCAACCUGGAGAUGCAGUUAUUCUCGGUGCAGCAUCACCCCAGCAAAUGGAGGAUAACAUCAUGCAAUGUGAGGGAGGACCGCUGCCGGAUGAGAUAGUGAAACUGUUGGAAGAGGUGUGGAAAAAGGCAAAAUCUGUUGCUUCUCAUUAUGCUAUGUAGAUAAAAUCAAGGAUGGACUCAGGCAUCCCUGUGGUUCAAGUAUCAUGAUAAAACCACCUGUUCUUCAAAACGUUUCAUUCACAACCAAAGGCUUUGUGUUUC